CCUGACUGAAUGAGCGUGUGCGGCUAGCCGGCAGAUAGCUGCGGAUAAUGGUGUCACUAUCAGCAUGAUAUCACCGCGGGACAGAGGAGAACUCGCUCGGUUUUACACUGUGACAGAUCCUAAAAAGCAUCGGAAAGGCUAUACUGUUUACAAGGUCACCGCCAGAAUAAUCUGCAGGAAGAACCCAGAAGAUGUCCAAGAGAUAACAGUAUGGAAGCGAUAUAGUGAUUUCCGGAAGCUUCAUCAAAGUCUCUGGCAGUUGCAUAAAAAUGUAUGCAGCCAGUCUGAACUGUUCCCUCCCUUUGCUAAGGCCAAAGUAUUUGGUCGAUUUGAUGAUUCAGUGAUUGAAGAGAGAAGACAGUGCUCAGAGGAUCUCCUGCAGUUUUCUGCAAAUAUCCCUGCUCUAUAUAAUAGUCAACACAUCCAAGAUUUCUUCAAGGGAGGGGAGGUCCAAGACGGCUCAGAGCUCAUUGGACCAGCUGAGCCCUAUUCUGAUUUCCUGACAGACAGUUUAUCUGACUGUAGUUCUGAUGUUCUAAGGGACAUCAGUGGAGCAGAGGAUUUGACUAUCACAUCCGAGUAUGGCGGUCCGUCUAGUGAUAGUGACCUGACCUCCUUGGCAGUGGAUACAGACUCAUUGGCUGGGUUGGAUGAUGGCAUGGCCUCAGGUCGCACCUCCCCAAACCAGCCACAGCGGGGAGCCACCAACAUUAGCACUAGCUGCAGCCCUCGUUUGCCUUCUUUGCAUGAACGCCAAACCCCAUCACCUGCCCCUGUCCCUGCAUCUUCAGCCCCUAACCCAGAGGUCAGCUGGUCAAGUCGAGCGCAGCUCUUUUCCGGCAGUCUGAAGAGAAGCAGCGGUGGCAACGCUAAAGACAUUAAGUCGGACUACCUGGACAAAGCCAGUGAGCUCAUCCAUUUUGCAGUUGAAAAGGAAAAAGAACAGGACUACGAGGCCGCUUUUUCGUACUACCGCAGUGGAGUCGACUUGCUGCUGCAAGGAGUGCAAGUUGAGCCAAGUGCCACUCGGCGAGAGGCAGUGAAGAAAAAGACUGCUGAGUAUCUGAUGCGUGCAGAACUGAUUUCCAGUCAGCAUCUGAAAAGCAACAUGGGUCAAGGAUCAACGCAGACAGUGGCCUUUGGUGCUCAGUGCUGCUCUUCCACAAGCAGAGGAGGGCAGCAGAGCCCGUCUGAUGAGCUGUCAGCAUACAGAGUGUUAGGGGUUAUAGACAAGGUUCUUCUGGUCAUGGACAAGCGAACACAGGAGACAUUUGUCCUGAAAGGUCUGAGGAAAAGCAGUGACUGUGGGCGAGUUAAAAAGACCAUCAUGCCUCACUCGGUCCCUCACAUGGUGCAGCUGAGGAAGUUCAUCGUCUCUGAAGACACAGUUUUUCUUCUGCUGCAAUACGCUGAAGGUGGAAAGCUGUGGUCUCACAUUGGAAAGUACCUGCACAACUCCAGCCCAGAGGACAGCUUUGACAUUCCUUUUAUCCAGAAGAGCCACACGACAGCGGUGCACACCCCACAACACACCAUCCCCAAGUUGGAUGAAGGUUCAGCCAGCUGCGACUCGGGGCCCGCUGCUGGGUCAGAUUCUGCAGUGGGUCUCCAGAAGGAAGGAGAGAAGCGAUUUGCGUCUCCUCGUAGAGGUGUUCUGCCUCCAGCACUCAUGGGAAAAAGUGGGGCCCAAACAGACUCUGGAGCUACUUCUGAAGAGGAGUGCACUAACAGUUACUUGACUCUUUGCAAUGAGUAUGAGCAAGAGAAAGUAGAGCCAGAUGCACUAGAGGAGGAGGACAAGAAAAGCGAACAGGAGAUGCUGUCAGUGGAGACGCUGUCAGUGGAGGUGUCAAAUGCAACACCCACCAAGUCCUCGCAAAGCCAGUCGCUUAUUAACGAUGACAGUCUGUCUUCACCCAUCAGUUCUCAGGAGCUUGGCUUCUUUAGUGAGUUGUCUGAUAGAAGUGGCUAUGCCCAUGACAGCGAUCAAUACCUUGGUGAGGGGCAUGAUCACAGCGAAGCUUUUAGCCCCUUGCGUUCCCCUGCCGUGCCUCUGACUUUAGAUCAGUCCAAGCACACACCCAUGGAAUUUUUUCGCAUUGACAGCAAGGACAGUGCUAGUGAGGUGACCUGCCUUGACUUGGGAGAGCAGCGCUCUUCCCAUAAGCAGGGCUCGCUGUUUUCUACGUCGGAUCUGGGCUCUGAUGUCACUGAAGAUCUUCCAGAGCUGGCUCAGGAGGUCAAGGGCCCCAGCUUGGAGUUUCGGGGGAUGGACUGUAGUGACAAAGACUCUAAUGAGUCAGUGCAGGUCAUCUCAUUUAAAGAGGCAGUAGUCGAGGAUGAGGGUCAGCCGCCAGAUCUGUUGGUCAAUCUUCCUGUGAUGAGUGGAGCGCUGGACUCUUUGCAGGAAGAAUUAGACACUUCAGGGGUGUGUUUGGGUCUAGAGGUUACAGCUUCUCCUCAAAAGUGUAUCCAGCCUGAUGUUUUACAGCUUCAUAACCAGCCUGAUGAAGGGGAGGAGGAGCAGCCACCAGAGCAAGAGCUCUCGUCUUUGUGUACAGUCUCUGCAACUUGUGACACCAGUGUUGCGUCUACAUCUCCUUUGAAUUCACUUUGGGAUGACAGUUUGGCAUUUGGACAAGAAGCUUCGGAUAAACCUUUCGAUUGCCCUGAAAGUCAAAACAAUGAGCUCCCCCUUGACACAGAUGCCUCAGAUGUUUAUUCCCCAAGUGAGAAACUGGAGCCCUGUACGAGAGUAAACACAGACUUGGUUCCAGAUCUCAGUGACAACAGCGCUGUUCCUGUUCCAGACUCAAAUGGGACUCAAGCCUGUGCAGUGGUUAAGAGUUUAUUAGAUCUUGAUGUUGAAUCAGCAGGAGUUAUUAGUAAUGAACUUGAUAAAGAAGUGUCACGGAUGUUUGCAGAGUUGGACGAGCUGUCACUGGCUGCGUCCCAAGCUCAUAUCCCAGAGGAGUUUAUCCGAUGCUGGGCAGUCGAGAUGGUGACAGCCUUGGAUUCCCUCCACCAAGAGGGCAUCAUUUGCCGGGACCUUAAUCCCAAUAACAUCCUGCUUGACCACCAAGGUCACGUUCAACUCACUUACUUUUGUAGCUGGUGUGAUGUGGAGGAGUCCUGUAACAAAGAGGCCAUUACCAACAUGUUCUGUGCACCAGAGGUGGGAGGCAUCAGUGAGGAGACGGUGUCAUGUGACUGGUGGAGUUUGGGCGCCGUUCUGUUUGAGCUCCUAACAGGCACGUCUCUGCUGCGGUGUCAUCCAGCGGGAAUCGGUCGCCACACAGCUCUCAACGUGCCAGAGUCUGUCUCAGAGGAGGCCAGGUCUCUGCUGGAGCAGCUGCUCCAGUACAACCCAAUGGAGAGACUGGGGGCAGGUGUGGGAGGAGUGGACGACAUCAAGUCCCACCCCUUCUUUGCCACAGUGGACUGGCCCAAAUAAACCCAUGCAUUGUGGUACUGUGGAAACCAAAGUUGCAUGAUGGGAAACUUGCUGUCCCGAUUCUGCUCUCUUCCAAAUCAACACAGAAGCGUAAAAUAUACUCCAUCUAUAACAUGCACCUCCACCCAAAUCUGUUAAUGUGUGCGGUCCUUCAGUUCAAACGUUGUUGGAUUUUACACAAAGCUUAACAAGCAGCAGUCUUCCUUGUUUUUUUUCUUUUUUAAAUCUCCAAUACUAACAUUUUUGGUGCAGGAAAGACUUGAUACACGUGUUGCAAUAAGUUUUUACAGCCAGUGUGUUUUCUAAGUCCUGAUCCACUACAACACUGUUGCUGCUGUUACACUCGUUCAGUCACCGCGAGCCUAAAUCGUACGAACAACUGACUGGCGGCCUCUCGGUGUCCUCGUGUACAGUACUGCAUUCAUGAGGUACUGUAAAGUAUCCGCUCAAAGUGGAACUGGCUGGAGACACCUUCCUGCAUUACACCACUUCCCUCCGUGAGAUUUAUUUAGUUCCUCUUGGAGCGCAACAAGAUCACUAGAAGGGUCUGUCUUGCUUUGAUCUACCAAAGCGAGACAGUUGAAAACCAGCCUACGUUUAGUAACAUAGAUGGACUCUAUGCAAGGGGAAGGAGAUGGACAUGGGAGAUGGAUGUUGUUGACUUUAGUCGUAUAGUAAAUAUUAUUUUGUAGAUUAUAGCUGGAAAGAGAGUCGGGUGAAAACACUUGAAGCCUCUGUCUUCACAGACGGUGAGUUUUCAGUCGAGAGAGAAUAAAAAAAAAAAAAGCCUCAGUGAUUUUUGUAAAUGCUCCCUUUUACAGUUUGAAGAUGUUUUUUAUGAAAACUCCCUGCACUAUACAACCCUGCAUUUUGUCCAUGUAGGAUUAUGAUUCAUGUUAUCUAUUUAAUACAAUUAAAAAAAAAUAUAUUGAAAAAUUAACUAUGUGUCAUGUAAAAAUGCAUUUUUAAGAAUGUUGUACUGAGCAAUUAUACGCCAAGGUGUCGAAGUCUUGAUUACGUCCAAGUUGUCAAUCAUUUAUUACCACAUAAGUCAAGGUGUUAUUUGAUUGUGUUUUAUGUUGUAAUAACACAUCAACUAACUUGCCACAAAUGUCAAAAAGCUGAUUUUUGUAUCUGCUGUGAGUGGUUUACAUUUCUUUUUUAAUUUUUUUUUUUUAUAGUUAUAUCUGCCAUAUAUGACAUUUUGUAUAAUCACGAUGCGUUUGGGAGUUGUGGCAGCAUAUACAACAACUCUGAUAUAUUUGUCCAAUCAGUACUCGGAUAAUUAGUCCACUCUCGACGCUAAACUACUGUUCUCCGUAUCAAGCAUGGCGGCUAAAACAUUGUGUAACUUGCCAGUUUCAUGUUCCACUUGUUAACCUUUUUAUUUUAAUUUUUUUCUAUAAAUCAGUCAUUCACAUUACUAUGGCAUCAAAUAUUUGUAUUUCUUUAAUGCACACUGUGCUUUUGUGUCAGUGCACUCUGGAAAACAAUAAAACCCACCUGGAUGAGUCGCA